AUGCCACAGUAUCUGGCUAACAUCCCUUUGCAGAAGCAGAAAAAGAAAUCGAAGCAAGAGCCAGCACCAGCAUUUGCAGUUAGUAUUAUGGGAGUGGAGAGACGUUGGCUUUUCAUUCUUUUCUCUGCUGCAUUCACUUCUCUACUGUUCCUGGUAGUUUACUCCGGCUCUGCUUUCAGCUUCUCCAAGCCCAUACCUUCUGUUGUACGCCAUGGCACCCACUACCCACCUUCUUUUGCUUAUUACAUUUCUGGCACCCGCGGGGAUGGUGAUAAGAUGUUUAGGUUACUGCUUGCAGUCUAUCACCCAAGAAACCGUUAUUUGUUGCAUUUGAGUGCUGAUGCUUCAGAUACGGAGAGAAUGAGAUUAGUUGCUGCUGUAAAUGCAGUGCCUGCAGUAAGUAGUUUUGGGAAUGUUGAUGUCCUGGGAAAGCCAAAUCGCCUCAGUUAUAUGGGGUCUUCUCAUAUCGCAUCCAUAUUGCGUGCUGCGGCCAUUUUGUUGAGGUUGGAUUCUGGGUGGAGCUGGUUCGUGGUAUUAAGUGCAGUGGAUUAUCCUCUGGUGACACAGGACGAUUUAUCGCAUGUGUUCGCAUCUGUUAGCAGGGACAUCAAUUUCAUCGAUCACACCAGUGACCUUGGAUGGAAAGAAUCUCAAAGGUUCCAGCCCAUUGUAGUUGAUCCAGGGAUUUAUCUUGCACGAAGAACCCAGAUCUUUUAUGCUACAGAGAAGCGGACAUUACCAGAUGCUUUUAAAAUAUUCACUGGUUCCCCAUGGGUCAUCUUGAGUCGAUCAUUCAUGGAGUACUGCAUUCUCGGUUGGGACAGCCUUCCACGUGUCCUCCUCAUGUAUUUCAACAACGUGGUUUUAUCUGAAGAGAGCUACUUCCAAACGGUCGUAUGCAAUGCACCAGAAUUCAAGAACACCACUGUAAAUAACAACCUGCGAUUCAUGGUGUGGGACAAUCCUCCCAAGAUGGAACCCCAUUUUCUCAACAACUCGGAUUACGAUCUUUUAUCCCAGAGCGGAGCAGCUUUCGCGCGGCAGUUUCGGAACGAUGAUUCUGUCCUUGGCAUGAUCGACGAGAAGAUCCUCAGACGUGGUCGUAAUCGAGUUGUACCAGGUGCGUGGUGCUCAGGUCGAUCGAGCUGGUGGUCCGACCCUUGCUCCGAGUGGGGGGAUGUGAAUCUCGUGAAGCCGGGACCUCAGGCUAAAAAAUUUGAAGACACCAUCUCAAAUCUUCGUGAUGAAUGGAGUUCACAGAUGAAUCAGUGCAAAGAUAGUGCAUCAUAA